AUGGCUCGCCUUUCACGAGGAGCCGCCAAAGCCGAGGAGGCAAAGCCAACAAUCCCUUCAUUGAAGACCGAGAAGAGCGAAAUCUCAUCCAAUAUGGAAGCGGAAGAAGCAAAGAUGGCAGAAGCCCGAAGAUCCAAGGAAGAAAAACGUGACAAGGAGCUCGAAGCAGAGAGACAAAAGGAUCUGAAAGGUGGCAAGAAAGUCGUCGACACAAAGUUCAAGGCCCUCGAGUAUUUGUUGAACCAGAGCAAGCUAUACUCGACCAUCAUGCUCGCUCAGAUGCAAAGGCAGGAAGAGGAGGCACAAGUGACUGAUGAGAAGGGCAAGAAACGGGCUUUGNNAAGCGGGAAGAGACAGCAGACAAAGCAGCCGAAGUCAGUCAAAAGAGCUACCCGGUCGGCAAUCUCUGUACAGGAAACACCAGAGGAAGCAACAGAACAACCAGCCACCGGAGGUCGAAGAAAAUCGGCCAGGGGAACUGCAACCAAACCCAAAUCCAGCAAUGGGAAAAUCUCGGACUACCUUAACAAAGACGACCUGAAGGCCAAAGCUGGCGACAAAUCGAUAAACGAAGCCCUUGCUGAGGAGGCUGACUCUGAUGUCAAGGCCGGCGGCAUUGGUGUCCAGAACCUGCGAUCUGCCAAGCAGCCGGCUCUCGUGAGUGGUGGCUUGAUGCGCUCGUACCAGCUCGAAGGUCUCGAGUGGCUCACAUCGCUUUACGAGAACGGACUGAAUGGUAUCCUGGCCGACGAGAUGGGUCUGGGCAAGACCAUCCAAACGAUUUCGUUCCUCGCCUUUUUGCGUGAGAAGGGCACAUAUGGACCAUUCUUGAUCGCAUCGCCCCUGAGUACAACAAGCAAUUGGGUGAAUGAGUUUCAAAGGUGGACGCCUGAUAUCCCAGUCGUGCUCUAUCAUGGUUCCAAGCAAGAAAGAGAAGAAAUACGUCGAAAGAACUUCAAGAAUCCUGGCAGCAAAGACUUUCCUGUCAUCUGCACUUCUUACGAGAUUUGCAUGAACGACCGCAAGUUUCUUGCAAACUAUGGCUGGAAAUUCAUCAUCAUCGAUGAAGGCCAUCGCAUCAAGAACUUGAACUGUCGAUUGAUCAGAGAGCUGCAAUCGUAUCAGUCGGCAAACCGAUUGCUGAUUACUGGAACGCCGCUACAGAACAAUCUGACUGAGCUGUGGUCGCUACUGCACUUCCUUAUGCCCACCAUCUUCGACAAGCUCGAGUCUUUCGAGUCGUGGUUUGAUUUCUCUGCUCUAAACCAACGCAAUGGCUACGAGGAUAUCCUUUCUGAAGAGCGUAAGACUAACCUGGUAACAUCACUCCACGCAAUCUUGAAGCCCUUCCUGCUACGCCGUAUCAAGACAGACGUCGAAACCUCUCUCCCAAAGAAGCGCGAGUACGUGCUAUAUGCACCUCUCACAGCCACCCAACGCGAGCUUUACCAGGAAAUUCUCGAGGGCAACAGUCGUGCUUACCUCGAGAACAAAGCUGUCGAAAGCUUGAGUGGAACAAACACACCUCGCAGCACUCGCGGUGCCAGUCUUAAACGCAAUAGACCUGAAGACGGAAGCGCUACACCCAACAAGAGCGUCAAGUCUAGUCGGGCGUCUACCCCAGCAACAACAGCUAGUGCUCGUGGCAACAGACGAGCCAAGAAAUCUCAGAAUUAUGAGGAACUAUCUGACACUGCCUACUUCAAACAAGUGCAAGACGAACAGUCAGAGGAAGAAGAACAGUCGCUCAACUCGAGCGAGGAGGAAGCCCAAGAACAGGCACAGACACUGGCUUUGGCUAANAAACUGAUCGGAGCCAAGAAGUUGCAGAACCCUGUGCUGCAGUUGCGUCUUUGCUGCAACUCGCCUCAUAACUUCUUCUACCCUUUCAUGGAGGAAGACAACAGUGACGUAGACGAGACACUGGUGACUGAGAGCGGCAAAAUGCUGCUGCUAGACUCUUUGAUGCCCACACUGCUAGAGCGAGGUCACAAGGUACUCAUCUUCAGUCAGUUCAAAACCCAACUCGACUUGAUCGAGACAUACUGCGAGGUGCUGCGUGGGUGGAAGUGCAGUCGCAUCGACGGCGGUGUCUCACAACCAGACCGACAAGACCAAAUCGCUCAAUUCAACUCGCCAGAGUCCAAGACCAAUAUUUUCCUCCUGAGCACGCGCGCAGGCGGACAAGGAAUCAACCUCACAGCUGCAGAUACAGUACUUCUCUUCGACAGCGAUUGGAACCCACAACAAGAUCUACAAGCGCAAGACCGCGCCCAUCGCAUCGGUCAAACCAGACCCGUCAUCGUGUACAGAUUUGCAACCAAAGGCACAGUGGAGACACUACUGCUGGAAAAAGCAGAGUCAAAGCGAAGAUUGGAAAAAUUGGUCAUUCAAAAGGGCAAAUUCAGAUCAAUGCGUGCGGGCGAAGUAUCAGGCGCCGAGUUUGCGGAAUUGCAGCAAUUGCUUGAACAACAGGAUGGCGAGAGAGUGGAGCUCGAAGAGGGGACCAAGGGUUUACUUUCGGAAGAAGAGCUGAAUACCUUGACGGAUAGAAGUGAAGAGGCCUACGAGCGGGCAGAGAAGGGUCUGGAUGGUGGCGAUAAGUUCAAGGCUGUCGAGACAAAGGCAGGAGGCGAGGGAUUCUUGGAGGCCAUGAGUAAAUAA